CCCGGACACGGUAGGGUGCGGUUGUGUUGUGUAUUAUAUCGGAUUUCUAUCUGUGAAUGGUAUAAAGGGUACCAUGUUAUAGUUAAGUUAUUACGUAAAUAGUGGUAGUGUACUGGUAGUUAUACAUACAAACAAAAUGGGUUGCAACACAAGUUCGGACGCGAAAUCUAAUAAAGAAGAGAAGGACUCACAGGAGAACCAGGCUAAUGCGGUCACAGAGGAAAAGCAAAAAGAGACAGCUGAGAAGAGUGGUCCCUCCGAAGAAGAAGCCGCCACCAAGAUACAGGCGGUUUUCCGAGGUCACAAAACAAGAAAAUCCGUUAACAUGAAAGCGGCUGAGAAACCGGCGGACAACCAGCAGCAGGAGCCGACCAAGGCCGAGCUGGAGGCGGAGUUUCGAGCUGAUGAUAAAGAUUUGUGCAAUGCUGCAACCAAAAUACAGGCGUCCUUCCGCGGACACCAGGCGCGCAAGCAAACCCAGGUCGAAAAGACUAAGGAGCAACAAGAUAAGGAGGACGUAGAAAACAUCGACCUCACUGACCCAGAGCUCAACAAAGCAGCCACCAAGAUCCAGGCGUCGUUCCGUGGCCACAAAGUGCGCAAAGACACAACUAACUAAGCAUUAACCACCCCUUCUUCAGCAUUGUCUUUUGUACGUGUUAUUCAAGAAAAUAUGUCCCUGAAAGGCCGACAAAGCACUUGUAACUCUCGUGUUACAAGUGUUUAUGGGCGGUGGUGACCACUUAACAUCAGGUCCCAUCUGCUCCUUUGCUUGCUCUGCCAUAAAAAAA